UAGAUUCUAUUGGUUCGUUAACUUUAUAAACUCACAUCCUUUGCUAUAAGAAUUGGAAAACGUAUCUAUUAACAUCAUUUUAUUAAAUAAAUACGAGCUCGUAGCAUUGUUAAUCAGUUAUAUACCAACAUUCGAACUUUCGAAACAUUAAAAUGCGUAUAUUCGGAUAUCAAGCGAUUGUCCUUUUUUUAAACGUUUGGUUUGUUAAUUCAUUUAUGUUCAGAGAUGAUUGUCUUGUCACAACAUGGACACAAUGGAGUUCAUCUGGACAAUAUACUGAAUCUAGAACAAGAAGAAUAAUGCGGGUGCCAUCUGGAGGUUCAUCAUUGUGUCCACCGCUUUCUGAAACAAGAGAAACCGAUGUAGACUGCCAAGUUUCACAAUGGUCAGAAUGGGGAGGAAAUUUUGGAUUCGGACAACAGAUAAGAACCAGAAAUGUAACACAGAAUCCCAUGGGAGCAGGGAACCAGUGUCCUGACCUUGUCGAGAACAGAUACAUAGACACAAAGCCUACAGUUGUUGAAACUGCUAAAAAUGUAGAGCAGUAUUUCAUUAGAGCGUUUUCAAGUAAUUCACGUAAACGACGACAGACGAAUCAAGGAAGUGUCCGGGACCUUCUGCUCAUCAUGGACAGCUCUGGAAGUAUAGGGCAGAGUAAUUUUCAGAAGGCCAACAAGGAGAUAGGCACAUUGAUAGGUUUGCUUUGCCCAGAAAAUCCAUUUAAUAAGGAGAAUGGUCAGUAUCAGUACAAUCAAGCUGCUAUGCUCACAUUUUCCUCGACAGUUGAGCAGAAUUUCGACUUUAAUGACCAUGCAACCACCGAGGAUAUUCAAGGGGCGAUUUCAAAAGCUAUGUAUAAUGGUGGUGGAACAAACACUGCAGAAGCCUUCAUGCAAGCCAUUGAGAUGUUUCAAUCUUCUAAAGGUGCUAGAAAGUCAUCCGAAGUGAAGCCUGAAGUGUUGAUACUCACCGAUGGCCAAUCUAACAAUCGCCAUGAAACAUUGAAAGCUGUCGAGGAGCUUCGUAAGGUAGCUGACGUUUACGGACUUAUGACUGGUGGUUUCACAAAGCGUGGCAAAGACGAACUGACUGCCUAUGUAUCUGCGCCUAUCAACGAGCAUCUCUUCUAUGUUGAAUCGUAUACAGAACUUGAAGCAUUGGUCAGAUUACUUUCCGAUAUGAAGAAAAACGAAGGCGAAAAAUGGUGUGCUCCAUUUAAUGUCGGAUGAUUAUUGGACACAAGCAAUAGAUAUUUCCGAUUCUUCUACGUAUACACGACUCUUUUGUGACAAAAACGUUAUAAGUGUUAUGAUUUAACCAACAUUAACAUAACUGUGCAAUGAAAAUGUCAGUCAUUUCAUUCAUUUGUAAUCUUUAAAAUUUUACCAAAAAUAUUUUUGUUUUAACAAUUUCCAAUUUGAAUAAACAAGCGCUUGAAUAUUCUACUGCUG